AUGGUAGCCGAGGCAACCGAGCGGAUCUCAGAAGUGGUUGCUGUUUCUUCACCCUUGCUUCCAUUGCCGAGAAGCUGCCCCAAAUGGCAGAAAGGUGUGGCCUGUUGUGGGAGGGAGAAAGGGAUCCUGCCCCCAGGCCUUGAGUUCUACCAGAUCCAGGCCCUGGGCCUUGAGUUCUACCAGAUCUGGGCCCCGGGCGUUGAGUUCUACUGGAUCUGGCCCCCAGGCCUUGAGUUCUACUGGAUCCGGGGGCCCGGCCUUGAGUUCUACCGGAUCUGGGCCCCAGGCCUUGAAGAAAUCCCUUCCACUACAGUUUCUUUAACAAGCAUCACCAGUUUAGAGAUAAAUUUGUCUUUCUUGAGUCAACCCCUGAAGAUCAGCAGUGGCAUUUGCUCAGCGGGAAGUCUGCUGUUGGAGUAUAUGUCCUUGAGUACUUCUUACUGGGUACUGGAGACAACUCACAGAGGGAUGGUUUAUAGUGGUCUCUGGAACAUCUGCUUAGAAUCAAAAUGCAACCUGUACCAGUUUAAUCUCUUAGCUUUGCACAUCCACGUUACCCGCGCCUUCCUGCUGAUGGCCCUCUUCUGUGGCUUCAUAGGGUUGCUUUUCAGUUGCAUCUCUUUUGAACGUAACAAGCUAUACGGCGUAUCGGUGAUAAAAACAGCAGCAGUCUUCAGCUUCACUGCAGGUUUCCUCGUUCUGGUUGCCAUGUCUCUGUUCACAGCCAUUAUUAGGAGAUCGCCAGGAUAUGCCCAACGUUUAAUAGUAUUUGGCACAUCCUUCAGCUUGGGGUGGGCCUCCAUUCUUAUGUACAUCGUCACCGGUAUUCUACUUUUGCUGACUGAAAAAACCAUCAUUUCUUCAGUCUAGGCAUCUACCUUUCCACUGAGACUUUUUAAAAAGUCACCCAUGGCACAUUUGCUGGUUUCAUAAUCAUGGAAACGAUUAUGCGCUGGAGCACUUA